GCCGAACUUCUAUUCUCUAUCUUUAUUCCUCAUUGUCUGAUAAAUUGUAACAAAAAGGUACCCUCCAGCACCUCCGGCCUGCAGAACCACAUGCUGGGCAUCCUGCUGUGCACCUGGUUGAUUCCCAGCGUGGCGGCCGACGUGCACGCCGUCUGGUACGAGAAGUGGGCGAUCUUCGAGGCGCGCGAGCGCAACGGUGUGUAUGACUACAAGGCGCUGCUGGGAGCGCUGGUCCUGGUCGAGAUCCCCUGGUUCCUGGGCCUGUUCACCCUCAUCUUCCUCAUGACCCUCUGGACCUUCGGCUUCGCCAGCACCGCCAGCAUCGCCGGCGUUGUGUACGGCAUGUACCUGCUGUUCGCGCUCUUCGGCCUCGGCGUCAUCUACCUCAUGGCGGCCUUGUUCCCCGACGCCACGAUGGCCGGCUAUGCCAUGUCGCUCUUCCGGGUGACGGUCCUCAUGUUCUCCGGCGCUGCGAGCCCCCACGGCGCCCUCAACGACUUCUACCGCCCCUGGCUCUGGUGGGCCGACCCGCUCACCUACUUCUUCGAGGCCACCGUCUCCACGGUCGUCCACGACGUGCAGGUGCAGUGCACGUCGACCGAGUUGGCUGUCUUCGACGUCCCCAACGGCACCUGCCGCGAGUAUCUGGGGCCCUACCUCGACAACAACCCGGGCUACCUGCUCAAUCCCUCGGCCGUCCAGGCGUGCGCGGUCUGUCCGUACUCGGUGGGGGACGAGUACGCCCGCUCGCUGCACUUUUAUUUUGGGGCCCGUGGCCGCGACGCGGGCGUGUUCCUCGCGUUCUGCGUGACGAACUUCGUGCUAUUGUUUGCGGUGACUUGGUUGACGCGCGUGCAGAUGCGGAAGUGGCGGAGGUGAAGACGCGGUGGGAUGGAGCGGGGGGAUAUAGAGCUAGAGAGGAGAGUAAUUAUAGAUAAAACAAGAGAAAGAAGCUUCACGUGAGAAGAGAGAAGGCCUAGAUCCUAUGAUGAUAGUGAUCGUAGCGAAAAGGUGGUUACUUGAAUCAGGUUACCAUUCGAAGGCGAUCUAAUGAACCUCAG